AUGGCUGCACCGACCAAGUUCAGUUUUUCCGUCAGGAGCAUCCUGGAUUUGCCUGAGCAGGAUGCGGAGGCAGCGCCGCGGUCCUCCCCUGUCUACUCCUCCUGCUCCUCCAGCUCGCCCUACACCUCCUGGAUGAUGGACUGCGACCGGAGCCCAUGCAUGUCUUCCGACGAAGGUAGUCUCGAGGCCUCCCCCGACUCAACCAAGCCGGAUGACUCUUCCCUGGACUCGGAGCCCGACAAGAGCAAAAAAAGCAAGAAGCGCCGGGUGUUGUUCUCCAAAGCCCAGACCCUGGAGCUGGAGAGACGCUUCCGCCAGCAGCGCUACCUGUCCGGUCCGGAGAGGGAGCAGCUGGCCCGGCUCCUCAGCCUGACCCCGACCCAGGUGAAGAUCUGGUUCCAGAACCACCGCUACAAGAUGAAGAGAGGCCGGGCGGACGGAGCGCUGCAGGACGUGGAGAUAGCGCAGCCUCCGGUGCUGCGCAGGCUCGUCGUUCCGAUCCUGGUGCGCGAUGGGAAACCUUUUCACACCUGCUUACUUGACACGGAGAAAGCUGGCUGUCUACCUGUUUCCUCUCAAGCGGUACCCUUCCCCUUGGCCUACCCGUCUCUUCAGCAUCCCUCCCCGGUCGCUCUUCCCCCCAGGUACCAGCACUUUCCCACCGCGGCGGCCUCCAGAUUCGCCUGGAGAGACUUUUGGAGCGACUCGGUCCACUUUAACUCUUUCAAAUGA